UUCUAGCGGUCUGGGUUCUCACAGAAUGAAAGCGCUUCCGCCCCGCCUCCAGCCAACCGGCAGAGCACCGAAGGUUCCCAGAGCCGGCCCAGUCCUCUCUCCGGGGCGCUUCCCCAGCUGACGCAGCCCACGGGAAGGGGUGGGGCACGCGCGGCCUCGCACGUGCGGCUCCUCGGGCGGCAGGGCUGCGAGCGGCUGCGCGGUCUUUCCCUUUGCAGACAGUUCCUCUCCCCUCCGGUAUACUAACGGUGUUUCCUGGCUCGGGCCGGCAGGCGCUCGCGGAGGGUCCCACUCCAAGCCGGACGAGCAACUGCGUGAUCCCCUCUGGAAGGGCACCGAGGAAGCGGCGGCCCCAAGUCCCGAAGGGAACCGCGGAGACAUUCCAAGAGGUACGAAGUUUUGUGCUGCUUCUGAAGAAACCAAGCCCAUGAUUAUGAGGAUGUUUUGAAGCGAACCUUCAGCAUUCAUGCCAUGUCUUCUAGAAGAGCGUUCUUGAUGCCAUGGCGAUUCUCUUCCUUAAAGCAUUUCUCUUGGUGUCAGUAAUCUGCUUCGUUGGACUGCUCUGCCAUCACCAUCCGGGCAUCUCUUUGCGUGGGGGGAAAAACCUCUCCGAAAAGCCAAAUUUCAUAAUAAUUUUAGCAGACGAUAUUGGAUGGGGAGACCUUGGUGCCAACUGGGGCAAACGAAAGGACACGCCUAACUUGGAUAAGAUGGCAAUGGAAGGAAUGAGAUUUGUGGACUUCCAUUCUGCUGCGUCCACCUGCUCCCCAUCUCGUGCCUCUCUGCUUACAGGACGUCUCGGCCUGCGCAAUGGGGUGACCCAUAAUUUUGCUGUGACAUCUGUGGGUGGUCUCCCGUUGAAUGAGACGACGUUAGCUGACGUUCUAAAGGGAGCUGGCUACCUCACUGCUGCGAUAGGCAAAUGGCACUUAGGACACAACGGACUCCAUCAUCCCAAUUUUCGUGGUUUCGAUUAUUACUUUGGGAUACCCUAUAGCCAUGAUAUGGGCUGUACAGACACGCCAGGCUAUAACCUGCCUCCCUGCCCGGCUUGCCCUCAGCACUCUACCCCUGCCAGCAACCACCUGAGCGAAUGCUAUCCUGAAAUUGCACUCCCGCUUUUUGAAAACCACACUAUCAUCCAGCAGCCCGUGAACCUAACUAGCCUGUCUGCAGAGUAUGCAGAGAAAGCAAUUCAGUUUAUCAGCUACGCAAGCCAGAGUGGCCGCCCAUUCUUCUUGUAUUUGGCUCUGGCUCAUAUGCACGUGCCUUUGGUAAUGACAGACCCACCAUGCAAUCAUCCAUACGGAGCCAACCUGAGAGAGAUGGAUGCCCUGGUGGGACAAAUAAAGGCAAAAGUUGAUAGCACUGCGAGGGAAAACACAUUCCUCUGGUUCACAGGAGACAAUGGCCCCUGGUCUGAGAAGUGCGAGUUCGCUGGAAGUGUUGGUCCAUACACGGGGAUGUGGCAGAGGAAAAGAGAUGGCAGCUCAGCAAAGCAAACGACUUGGGAAGGGGGACACCGCGUUCCCACAAUAGCCUAUUGGGUGGGGAAGAUCCCAGCAAAUGUGACAAGUCAUGCAGUGCUGAGCACUUUAGAUAUAUUCCCUACUGUGGUAUCCCUUGCAAAUGCAAGCCUCCCUCCGAACAGACGAUUUGAUGGUAUGGAUAUGUCUGAAGUCCUUUUGGGGCAGUCGAACAAAGGACACAAGACAUUAUUUCAUCCCAACAGUGGAGCAGCGGGAAAAUAUGGGCACCUGCAAACUCUUCGGUUAAAUCAGUACAAGGCAUUUUACAUCACAGGUGGAGCAAAGGCCUGUGACGGCAGCAUUGGACAGGAGGAACGUCACCACCCGCCCCUCGUUUUUAACUUACAGCAGGAUAUUCAGGAAGAGACGCCCUUGGACAGCAAGGCUGCUGAAUACCAUGCGGUCUUGCCCAUGAUAAACCAGGCUCUGCAGGGUAUUCUUCAAGACAUCGCCACGGACAAUGUCUCUAUAGCAGAUUACUCUCAUGAUCCAGCAGUGAUCCCCUGCUGCAACCCGCUGCACUUGGUCUGCCGCUGUCAAUCAACUUACUGGAGCUCGGGCUUCAGAAAAUGUGGAAGGCUGCUAGACUGAUCCAGUACUGAACUGGGGACUGGUUCCUCCUUUUUAAAAGUUUUUACAGUGACUCAACGUCUUAGGACAUGGUUCCUUGAAAUAUUUUAAUUCUUGCUUUGUGUCUUUCAAAUUUAGAUAUUUCGUUUCAACAUGGGAGCGUAUAAAAGCUGGAUGGGGUUGAA